AUGAAUAGCACAGAUCCGUACCCCAGGGCCUCCGGUGCGGCUUGGGCCAUAGCUCUCCGCUACCCCAUGGCCGUGGGCCUCAACAAGGGCCAUAAGGUGACCAAGAACGUGAUCAAGCCGAGGCAUAGCCGCCGCCGCCGCCGCCGCUGCCGCCGCGGGGGCCUCACCAAGCACACCAAGUUCGUUCGGGACAUGAUCCGAGAGGUGUGUGGCUUUGCCCCCUAUGAGCGUCGUGCCAUGGAGCUGCUCAAGGUCUCUAAGGACAAGAGGGCCCUGAAGUUCAUCAAGAAAAGGGUGGGGACACACAUUCGCGCCAAGAGGAAGAGAGAGGAGUUGAGCAAUGUCCUUGCAGCCAUGAGGAAGGCAGCAGCCAAGAAGGACUGA